AUGAAACAACACCUUGCUGGAAAAAAAGGAGAUGCAACUAGUUGUAAAAGUGUGCCACAUGAUGUUCGCUAUCGAUUGGAGGAAAACUUGAAAGAAAUUGAUCAAAAGAGACCAGCUAAGAAAUUGAGAAAAGAAGAGGACAAUCCAUUGGAAGUGGAUGAUGAAAUUGUGCAAGAAAUAAUUCCUUCAAGUUCCUCUCAACUAGCCAAAAAAAAGGCAUCUACAGCUGGAGACAAAUUCUUCGCCCCAAGGACAAGUUCGGGAGCACAGCUAGGAAUUCGAAGUGCAUUUGCAGGUAAAGAAGCUUUACAUAGAGCGGAUUUAGCUGUGGUUAGGUGGUUGUAUGAUUGUUGCAUUCCUAUGAAUGCUGUAAAUUCUAUUUACUAUCAGCCCAUGAUAGAUGCUAUUUCAGCUAUUGGCCCUGGUUAUAAAGGACCAACUUACCAUGCUGAUCAAAGAAAUAGACAGUUGAUUAAUUUUCUUGUUUAUUGCCCUAGAGGAAUGGUUUUCAUUAAAUCUGUUGAUGCAUCGGAUAUUGUUAAGAAUGCUCAAAAUCUUUGUAACUUAUUCAUGGAUAUGGUUGCUUUUGCUGGUGCAGACAAUGUUGUCCACUUGGUAACUGAUAAUGCAGCUAAUUAUAAAGCUGCUGGAAGGAAAAGAGAAGGUUGGAUAGAAAUCAUCCAACCUGGUGCAACACGGUUUGCCACUACUUUCAUUGCCUUGAAAAGUAUUUAUGAGCACAAGCAUGAUAUUCAAGCUUUAAUAACAAGCAAGACAUUUGUAGAAUCUAGAUACUACAAGGAUUCAAAGGUAAAGGAUGUGACAAUGAUUGUAUUAGACAAUCAGUUUUGGAAUUUUGUUGAAAUUGUAAAACCACUUGUGAGAUUGUUGAGAAUUGUUGAUUCUGAUGACCGGCCUUCACUUGGGUAUGUUUAUGACAGCAUGUACAGAGCAAAAAGAGCUAUAAAGAAUACUUUCAGCUGUCCAAAUGUUAAAGACUUGACUGUUAAGAUAUUAGGCCAAACUGCAUCUUCCUCGGGCUGUGAAAGGAACUGGAGUGUCUUUGAAAGAAUACACUCCAAGAAAAGGAAUAAGUUGGAGCAUGAAAGAUUGAAUGAUCUUGUCUAUAUUCAUUACAAUUUUCGAUUAAGGAAUAGAGUUGCUAACAAGAAGAAAGCUUUGGACCCUAUUGAUUAUGAAAGUAUUGAUCAGAUUGAUUAUUGGGUAAUGGAAGAAGAUGAUUCUCAAAACACACGGACUGAACAGCAUACAGAAAAAUGCAGAAACAGGGAACACGUAACGGUAAAGCAGAGCAUAAAGCUCACAGUUGAGCUGGGAAAGAAAAGAAUCAUGAAUCCAGCUCCAACAACUAAGUCUCACAGUGGCAGCAACCCAACUGACGAUAGAAACCGAGCAGCGACCGAACUCAAUGAAGACAGCCAGAAACAGACAGAGAACGAUAAUAAAGACAGGGAACACAGAAAAAAACAAACCAGAGAAACUUUAGCUUCGACUGCACCAGCCACCACCGUGAACAACAAGGAAGAUGAGUCGGUGAUCUCUGAAACAAGAAAAGGUCAGAGGGAUUUGAACCGGAAACCUUCAGUUGCUUGGCAUACAUUCUUCCAUUCUACCAAUACUCCUUAUUGUUAUAAUUAUCCCUAA